CAUAGGUCAUUAUGGGGCGGUGAUAGAUGGGUGCUGGUCAAAGGUCAGUUGGGGGGAGGGGAGUUUGGGGGGGUGUCCCUGAAUAUCCCUUCCCCCCUAUUUAGGGAUGUGAAGCCCCUGGAGCACCAACUGCGCCCCAGGGGCCUGGGCCUGGGAGCCGACCGCUCGGCCAUCCAGGACCUGCAACCGGCCCGCCCCCCACGGCCCCUCAAGCCGGGUGAAGAGCGCCAGGGGGGCGAGGAGGAGCCGCUGGGGCUGGCGGCCGGGGGCGCCGUGCUGAUCGUGGCUGGGCCCCACAAAGACCUCUACGGGAAGAUCGAAGGUGUAGACCCCGAUAACGCCCGGGUGAUGGUGAAAUUGGCCAUCGGGGAUAAGAUCGUCACCAUCAGCCAGCACAGCCUGCAACCUGUGACCCGGAAGGAGUAUGAGAAACUAGCCAAGGAUCUGAGCCGCUUAAGCAAAGCCCACAAGGAAAAAGAAGAGAAGCAGAGAAAUGGACCCACCGACGCCCCGGACGCCAGGGUCCCCCGAGUAAAGGGGGAAGAGAAGGACAGAAAGAGGAAACAGCCAGCAGACUCGGAGAG